AUGGCUGCGUUGAACUCUCCCCAGUCCUUGGUUGUGGGAGAGCAAGCACCUGGGAUCAACAUUCAUCCAAAAAUGAAUUAUGCAGCAACUGUGACUAAAGAAAAUGUGCGACAAAUCCAACAUAUAGUGCUAUGUCCAGUUAGAUUCGAACGUGGAGAACCAAUCGUUGAAUUUACCACAGAUGAUGUGAAAGAGUUUGUCAUAGAGGAAGGUUUACACCAAGCAGUUGUCAUCAAAUUCUCUUAUGGAAAACCAGAACUUCACAACUUCAGAAAACUUUUUCCAAAACAGUUCGAUGUGAAGGGAUCGUGCAACAUCGGGCAGUUGGAGUUUAGACAUUUACUGGUACGAUUCGAGCUUUAUGAAGACUAUGUAAACUUUGUGUCUAGAUCUACUAGGCACAUUAACUCAAAUGGAGAGGAGUUCUUCUUCAGAACUUUUCCUUGGACGAUUGGAUUCGAUCCACGAAUUGAGACAUCGAAGGCUGUGGUGUGGAUCUCAUUCCCAGAUCUUCCACCAAAUUAUUUUGCUAAGAAAUCUUUGAUGUCAAUUGCAUCUGCAGUUGGAAAACCUCUUGCUAUUGAUAAGGCGACGAAAGAUCGAACAAGGCCAAGCGCUGUGAGGGUUAAAGUGUUGCUGGAUCUGCUGGAUAAGCAUCCCAAAAAAGUAAAGAUUUCAGUCGUCAACAAAAUUUCUGAAAAAUCUAAUGAUUUCAGUCAAAAGGUUAUAUAUGAUUACCUUCCAAUGUACUGUACAUGUCGUAAGCACCAAGGGCAUGAUGAAAUUUCAUGUCGCGCGAUGAAAGGAAGAAAUAAAAAUGCAAAGGAAAAUACAGAGCAAAUUAGUCGAACUGAUCUGGAUGAGAAUUGCAUUGAACAGCUUCAGGGGGACGCAAGGCAAUUAUUGAAUGCAAUAAGAGAUGCCAAUCAGCUGGAAGAUAAUGACAAUGUGACUAAAAUGCAGGGAGUGGUCGAUGACACUUCACAUACUCAGAAUAAGUCUAAAGGUAAGGCUACUGCUACAGGAACUUUGGCGAUCUUCACAGGUCAAAAGCCUACUGGACAUGUAGGAGGACAAUGGAAAGAGGUGAAUGAUAAGCGUGUGAAGCCUGUCAAUAAUGAGAAUUGUGUUCAAACAAAAACAUGA